GUCGGGUGGUUGGUUGGCGUUGUGCACAUCGGCCUGACCCGCUCUCCUCCCAGAGUUCGUAUUAUGUAAUCUGACCGCGCUGCUGCGUCGUGACGUCACCCGGCCGCUCCAGGCAGGAAGGCGUGCUGCUCUCGGGCCCAACAGCCAGUGCACACAGCAGCAGCCUCAGCAGCAGCAGGAACAGUAGUCCGCCCGUAGCCAGUGCCCGGAGCGCUACCUCCCCGUACGCACGUCUUCUCUCCUCCGCCGCGGUGACACGGUGAUAGUGCACGCCUGGAUGUGUACAGAUAAGGGCCACUGACUCGAGCCUGUGUAUGCAACCCGCCCUGUGCUCCUCCGGCCACGACCAUGUCCGACGCUGCUAACGCUUCUGCCACAGACAACAACGGAGAGCUGAACGGCUCUUGGGUGGAGUUGGAGAUGCACAGAGGCGCGUCUGCCCCAUCUGACCCGCCCUCCUCAUCCGGGACCCCCCUGUUGCCCCUUUUGCCCCUGCCCCAGGUGGAGGAGGAGGAGGAGGCCAUGGGAGGGGGCCUGGAGCACGUGCCCUCCUCUUCGUCCAUCCACAAUGGCGACAUGGAGAAGAUCCUGCUGGACGCUCAGCACGAGUCCAGCCGCAGCAACUCCUCUUGUGACAGCCCCCCACGGCCCCACAGCCCACAGGACGAGGGACAGAUCAUCUUCGACGUGGACGCCAGGAGAGACAGCCAAUCGGAAACGGACAGCCUGGAGAAGGAGCGGGACAUGGACAUCCUGAUGAAGGACGCAGACUGGGUGGCUGACUGGUCCAGCCGACCCGAAAACAUUCCCCCCAAGGAGUUCCACUUCCGUCACCCACGGCGCUCGGUCACUCUGAGCAUGAGGAAAACUGGAGCCAUGAAGAAAGGAGGCAUCUUCUCCGCAGAGUUCCUCAAAGUGUUCAUCCCCUCUCUGCUGCUAUCGCACAUCCUCGCCCUGGGCCUCGGGGUUUACAUCGGAAAGAGGCUGACCACGCCCCCCACCAGCUCCUUCUGAACAUGCCCGAGACAAGUGCCUGUGAAGUGGCCACAACGGAGUAUCCGAGCGCGCCCCUCUGCCCCGCCUGCCCCUCUCUCCCCCCUCCUCCUCCUCCUCCUCCUCCUCCCCUCGCUCUUCCUCCCUCCUCUUCGUCCCUGAGAUAUGUCAUGUUCUCAGGUCUGCCCCCCCCCUUCCCCUUUAACCCUCCUUUUUGUGCCCUCUACCCUUACAUUUGACCCUUUUUCUUGACUGGCUGUUUGACUGUCUGUAGAUAAGCCCCUCCCUCCUUCCUCGUCACUCAUUUGUAAAUCUAGGAAUGACUUAGGUUUUGUUGUUUUUUUUCUUCGGGAGGGGGUGGUUAAAACGUUUUUGAGCGGGUGGGUUUUCAAAGGAAGCGUCGAUAAACCAAAGUCUUUGCCCUUUCGGAUGUGAAAAACAAAAGGGGGGGAGACUGUCCAGCUUGACCACAGAUUGUGCCACCGACAUCAGUAGCCCCACACUUCGUAAAAAAAUCGUACAAAAAUGGUCGUAAAAAUUCAACGCCGCGGGCUACUCGAACUGAUCAUGCCUUUUUUUGUAGACGUUUUUUCUGUAGAGUAUAUCAACUUUUCUUAUUUAUUUUUCGCGACGGGAAAAAACGCUGUAAUCAGUUACCGUAGUGGCCAUCCCGAAACCGCAAGUGUUCGCGAUUUGCACUGGGGGAGAUACGUAAGAUUAGCGUGAAGUGGUGCGAGUUUGGAAGCCAGCGUUGACAUUAACAGUAUUUUUUUGUUUUGUUUUUUCAUUUUGGGUCCCUGUAAUUGUAGCUUCUCCCCCUUUUUUUUUUUUUUUUUUUUAAAUCUGUCCCACUCCGACGUUUAUGCUUUGCUUCAAAUGUCCAAAAACAUAUCGUUAGCUAGCGUGACCCUUUGUGCUAACUUUUACACUUACCCAAUUUUUAUUUUAAUUUUUUUUAAAUUUAAUUUUAUUGGCCAGGUGUGGUGUAAAGAAAGGAAUUUAUAUACCAAAUUGAGAUUGCUUGGGUUUGCUCUUUAAACAACUUCAAAUGACAACGAAUAGAGUAGUUUAGCUAAUAGUGUUAGCAUUAGCAUUUUUCUUAGUUUUGGCUAAAAGCAUUUAUUUAAAAAAAGAAGAUAAAAAGUAAAAAAAAAAAAUCUUAUUGGCAUACAACUAUCAAUCAUACACUAAGUUAGCCAAAAAAAAAGAAAAAAAAAAAAAGAAAAUUUAAUAUGUUAUGGCAACCUCAAGGGGGCGAUAGAUGGUUGCCAAUUUUCAAAUAUCGUAUGGGUUAAGCAAUUUUUUUUCCAAUUUUUUAAAAGUGGAAUUAAUCAUUGAUGGAAAUAUAAUUUAGAAAUAUUGAUUUGUUUUUUUAAUCCCAUUUUUUGCCGACACUCCAAGAAUCUUUUGCCAAAACUUGCAGAUAAAGCGCGUGUACGUCAUUCUUGUAUCGUCUUCGUCGUGAGGCUGGACCCGUCGGAAAAAAAGACCGUAGAUCAUAGUGAACGUAGCUCUCCUCGCUUAUUAUUGUGUUGUUGACUGCAUGACAUUUCUGUAGCAAAUUUAUCCUGUGAAAAUGCACGGAGAGCUGGCGUUUACGAGAUCUGGGGAGGCACACGAACGGCACCGAGCUGUAUAUUCUUAAAAUGGUAUAAGACUGAUAUGUUUUAAGGCAAAGUAUGAUAACAGGUGCUACCAAGUAUGGACCUCAGUUGUUUCAUAGGACAAUAUGGCAAGACAAUAUGGAGGAAUUUGCAUACAAUAGGCUACUGGUACUACUGACAGUGAACUUAGCACAAAUGUAUUUUAAAUGGGUCAAAUGAAUCAGUUUAAGAUCACAUAUUAUGCGCUCUUGUGGCUUUAAUUCCCUUUUCAACAUGCUUUUGGUAUUUCACAUUUUCUGACUUAAAGGGCCCAUCUCAUGCAAACUCAACUUUUCAGAGCUUUCUACCUUCUAAGAGUGAUGUGUGGGCCUUGUAUAUGUUGGUGAAGUGUUUUUCAGAUUGAUUCAGCUUUUUUUUUUAAACAAAUUCCAGCGUAUUUCUGCCACCCUCCCACGUGACAACGAACUAAAGCUGCUACAACGAUGAUGCGGCAGCUACACCUAUGGCGCAUUUGACGUAGCAGAAAGCACUUCGCACCCGCCACCCUCCCCCACUCCACCGCCUCCGCCCCGCCUCCAACCCGCAUCGGCUGACAAUUGCGACAGCAUAUUGUUCUACACUGCAGUGUACACGGUAUAAUAAGUUGAUUUACUAGUGUUUAUUAAUACUUUACCAAUCAGUAAUGUUCAGCUGAUGUUGACGCAGUGCUUGAGCUUCGUGCUCCUCAAAGUCCUCGUCUGAUUCCAAGUCCAACACAUGCGGCUGAACGCGCUGUAUCACCAUGAUGAAUAAAAGUUUAUUCCUACCUCUAUCAGGGUGCACGUCUGUCUCCCCCUCCCUCCCUGAGAUGGGCGGAGGAAGGGCGGCUCACUCAAAGCCUACGUCACGUUUGGAGGGCGGAGCCUGUGCUUUCUCAGGACGGGUGGGGGGAUGAGCAAUAGUCGGACUUUCAUAGUUCCUGGUCUGUGACUGUCUCCAAGAAAUCAGUAAGAUUUCAUAACUAUUGUGUAAUGGAUGUUCCAAAACCCAAAUUGUGCUUGUUUAUGUGCAGAAGAUACAAUGUGAAAAGCGUUAUUUUGCAUGAGAUGGGCCCUUUAAAACAAUGUCAUGUAAUGUCAGUCCUUUUAUAAAAUAUACUUGAGGCGCUUAGGCGUUGGAGCUCCCUCUGCUGUCCGCAUCAGAAAUGAACAAUGAAAAAUAAAUGAAGCCCACAGGAAAUGUGAAUGCUAAAAGAGCCACGUGUUCGUCGUCGGAAACGUCUGAAACGCAGAAUCAGUCCGUUUUGAUGGUAUACGGGUUGAAAAAUUGCGCAGGAAAAGUUCAGAUUUUUACCCGCGACGCAACAAUUCAGGCAAAAUGCGAACAGAGCAUUUUCGAAUACUCAGAGAUGACGACAUUUAAUUAAUGGAUUCAUGAAACAAGCGUGAAUGUAGCAAAUACAACUCAAGGUGUGUUUUUGAUAAGGGGACAAUAUUAUAAUAAGGUUUAAAGCUAAAAACAAAGUGAUUUUUUACAUAAUACGUGUUCUUUAAGUUACUGUUGCUUAUACUCUAGCUUGAAAACUGAAUGUCUUCUUCCACGGGUCCAGCCUCACAGAUGCCGUCACUGACCGACUAUAGCUUUGUUUUGCUCUUGUCUACUUUGUUUUUGUUUUUCUUGGGUUAAAUUGCACACGUUGAGAGAAAUAAUAAUGUUUUUGUUGAUGAAGAAAGGUUGGAGAGGAUGUAUAUGUGAGCAGACGGGUUCCCCUCAGAAUGCGAUGAUAAGACUGCAUCUAGAGAUAUUGUACGAAAAAAAAAAACUUUUGCUUUGAGUUUUUUUGCCCACUACAUUGGAGAAUCAUUUUGUCAUUAAAGUUGACCUGAAUGAA